GAAGCUUCCUCUCGAGGUUCCGGCCAGGCAGCCUGCACUUUCCGCUACAGGAAAUGCACAUGAUGGCAAUGCACCUAGCAGGGAGUCCCUGCCAAGAAGGCGCCAAUGGGACAGCUAGCUUUCAACUCUGAGGGGCGCUAGGGAAGGCAUUCAGAAUCACAACCACCACUGCAUCACCAGGUAGUAUAAAGCCACUUUCUUCCAAGCAUUUGGUAUUGCACUACAGCCCCUUGUUUUCCAGCAUUCCAUUCAAUCCGGGAAAUUUUGCCCCUCCUUCUUCAAGAGCCUCUCUGUUGAAGCAGUCUUCUUUCGUGACAGCCGCAUCAGCAGAUGGCAGCCCCUGUCGAAAAGAGCGAAGAAGAAUGGAGGGCGAUCCUGAGCCCUGAGCAGUUCCGGGUGAUUCGUCAGAAGGGAACGGAGAGGGCUGGAACUGGGAAGUACAAUAAGCACCAUGAAGAUGGAGUCUAUCUAUGUGCGGCCUGUGACGCGCCACUGUACAAGUCGACCACAAAGUUUGACUCAGGGUGUGGCUGGCCUGCUUUCUUUGACGGUGUGCCUGGUGCCAUCGUACGGAAAACGGACCGGGAUGGGAGCCGGACUGAAAUCCUGUGCGCCAGGUGCAACGGCCACUUGGGUCACGUGUUCAAGGGCGAGAGAUUCAAUGUGCCCACAGACGAGAGGCAUUGUGUCAACAGCGUCUCCUUGAAGUUCACUCCUGAGAAAGAGUGAAGCUUGCCCGGAAAAGGAUUGGUCUUGCUUAGGCGAAGGAGGACCAGCCUGCGUUCUGUGAGAUCUACAAGAUAUGGUCUCUUGCUCGUUAUCUGUUGUUGGAAAAACUGACAGCCGGAGGAAUGCGAGUUGUAAAAAUAUGUGUAAAGAGCCUGCGGAACUGUACAAUGGACCGCCUUAUAAAUUAAAGUUGUUGAGCUGCUGACCAGAGUGGCAUGUGCGGCAUAGCCACACAGGGCCUCACUGUCAUUGAAAUGCCAGGCCUCGGCACUGGCCGCGCCC